AUGGGGGAAAAAGGGAAAAAAGAUGGAAAAGACUUCAAGAUUUCAGCAGAUGACAAGACCUGCGCAGACGACUGGAAGAAAGAGAGACGGGGAACUGAGAGGACAAAAGCAGAGGAGGUGGGAAAGAGGGAGGGAAGUGGGGGGGACACAGCCAAAGAAAGGAUAUAAAAAUGGAGAGAAAAAAUAGCAGAGAAAGUGUGAAAAGGAAAAGAGAACAAAACAAAACCAUAGUGGGUGAAUGAUAAUGUGUUGUGCAGGCACCUCCACCUCUACUGGAUGCAACACUCCCACUCCUUUCAUGGUCUGCAGUCUGUCAUCAACACCCAUCUCCAAGGACGGCGCACAGGCAGGGCUCCGUCAAAGCACGUUGUAAAAAAAAUCACCCACGACACAGGUGAGUAGAGCUGUUCUCUUGUCUUAAUUUUACUUAAUUUGCCGUAACACCUCACCCCAUCUCACAUUAUGUUAAGGAAGGAGGGAAGGAGAGUGAGAGCAAGAGGAUGUGAUAAGUCAAAGCGGGAGGUAGUGAGAACGAGAUGGUGUGGGAUUGAAAGGAGGCAGUGUGUGUACGUGUAUGUGUGUGUGUGUGUGUGCGUGUGCGUGUGCGUGUGUGACAGAUAGACUGUUGUUGGUUCACGGUCAGCAGUCCACCAGCACCACCAUGUGGAUGAAACACCAGGGCAGAGACGUCACAGCACAGAGGUCGUUCUAUUUAAUCUCCUUAACACGUAAGACUCAUUCAGAGCAACACAUUUUCACCUGUAAGCAUUGAGUCACAAUCAGCCUCUUAUUAUAAGCUUACUACAGUACACACAUAAAAACCCAAAAGCACACUAAGAAAGAUAUGUAUCACUCCUCAAAAACCCUUUAAACAGAUCUACAUUUGGUCAUCUACAUAAGCACUUGAACAGUUGAUCUAGAGCCAUCACUUAACAUGAAAUAAAAUCACAUGUGCUUGCAUGUUCUUGCUGUCAACCAGGUCCUAUCUAGGUCACUGUAUGCUGCUCUGCUGUAUCCCCAUUCGUCCAUGUCAACAACUGACCUGCUUAUCCUCCCUGCUUGCCUCUUCCUCCACUGCUGUGUAAAACCAUUUAGCUUUGGAUGAGACAACCAUUCAGUUUGCAGGGAAGAGAUUGCUGCCCAAGUUUAAAAUCAAUCACAUCGACCUCGGAGAAAUGUCCAUUUCAAAUGUGCUGCUGCGGUGCCGGACUGGCUUUGUCUGUAAAGCCAAAUUGUCUGAUUCUCAUUUGUACCUGAUCAAAACCACAACAAGAGAAAAGGCGAAGAAAAAUCCUUGAUUACGAAAUUAUUGCAGCAUUUAUACAAAAUGAAAAAAAAAUGAAGGGCGAAAGAAACAACACAAUCGCCAAGAACAGAGCAACAACACACUUAAAAAUCUUUACAAAUAAGCUCAUCUAAAUUCAUAGUUUUCAUGAAGUCUUCUCUCGUUUUCUCUUCAUUUUUUCUGUAACUUUUACCGACAACAUCUUUGGCUUAUAUCAUAGUAAAUUCUGUUUUCUUAAAGCUGCUGUAUGAAACUUUUGAUUUCUUUCAGUUUUGGCGCCCCCUCUGGUCAAAGUGAUAAUAAUAAUAAUACAUUUUAUUUAUAAAGGGCCUUUCAUGGCACUCAAAGACACUUUAGUAGGAGGAAAAGACAGUAGUGGAUUGGAUAAACAGGUGGGUUUUUAUGAGGGUUUUGAACUUUGAUAUGUCAGUAGAGUCCUGGAUGUGAGGGUUCCAGAGGGAGGGGGCAGCUACGGAGAAAGCCCACACCUCAGAGCAGGGGUGAGUAGCUUAGAGUCUGAGGAUGGGAGGGUGCAGGAAGGAGUGUAGAGGUGGAGCAGGUCAGUAAGGUAGGAGGGGCCUGAUCAUGGAGGGCUUUGAAGGUGAGAAGAAGGAUUUUAAACUCAACGCGUUGGUGAACAGGUUGCCAAUGGAGUUUUUUGGGGGACUGGAAUGAUGUGGUUUUGUAGCGGGGGGUGAUGGUAGUCUUUUCACACAAACCUCAUCCCGUUGGCAUCAGAAUCACUUUCACCCCACUUCCCCACCAGUGAAAAAUUCCUCACAGCGCCUUUAAAUGCGAAUGACUUACUAGCAGCUGCUGCUUCUUUGUCUUGCCUCCGUUUUAUUGCAAUCAGCACAAAGAAUCACAAUUGCCCCCAUACUAUGAAACAGUCUGCUACAUGGGAUUACCAUAUGCUCUUUUUUUUUUUUUUACAUAAUGUCACUUUUUUCAUGGUAGCAUAAUGCAACAGCCUUGUUUUAAAAGCUUGGUGAACUACGGGAAAAAGAAGUGACAUCUGUUCCAGUUUCUAAAUCAAAACCCUUCCAUACCGCCAUUUUUCUGCAGUGUUUACAUUUUUUGUUUGAUGUCCGUCAUCCUUAUCAUGUGAAUACUGACCACCUGGACAAGCCAUGUGCUGCAUCAUGUACAUAACAAACCUAAGCACUAAAGAAGAAGUUUAGCUACACAAACAAAGUAGGUCCAAACUUUCAAAUCGAUGUCAGGCACUUGGAAUAAUAAGUUCAUCUUCAUUUCUGUGAACAUAAUGGUGCUACAGAGUUUGAGAGGUGACUGGUUGCUGCAGAUAGUUGUGGAUUUACAGUAAGUCAUGUCACUUAGUAAUGCUAAAUUUGCAAUGACACUCAAGUCCAAAAUGGAAAAUCAGUGUGAGGCUGCAUUAACUUUUAUGGACUUGUAUCAAGAGGUAUUCUGAGAGAAUGACACUAAAUAAAAACACCAUCAAAAACACCUGCAGCAGAUAUGUUAAAUCACUCUGUUUUCUUACAUUUGCACCAUCUGUAGCAUGGAAGACAAUGAUCCUAACAGACUAUCACGUAAUCUGGUGUAUGUGAAGUCUAUAGGGUGUGUUGAUGCAUUCUCAGCUGGAGCUAUGGAAGAAUUUAAUGCAACAGUUGUCACAAUUGGCCACAACUGUGUCUCUUACAAUUCUGCCCACACACAUACACACACACACACACACACACACUUUUAUUCCACACCACACCAGAGGAUUUUUGAGUGGAAGGAUAAAUCUAUGGAAACAACUCAAUCACAUUACCUUAUGUAAAUACCCGAGGCAGCCCCCAGUCUCUCUCUCUUGACCACUACGUUAGCUUCCAGCCCUAUAGCUCCUCUGGCACACAAAUGCACACGGGGCAAAUUAACAUUUGCUCUCAUAGUCUGCAAAUGGCAGCUCGUGCUUCCCAUAGAAAUGAAACAGUGGCCCUUGCAGGAGAUAGAAUGAGAAAAUAUUUGAGCUGGGAGCGAUUAAUAAUUCGUCAGGCAGAGCAGUAACAUUUGCUUUUAGGAGCGACAGUGGAUCGACUGAAUGGGCUUCCUCAGGAACUUUUGAAUCAAAGCUGUUUUAUUAUUGCCAACUUCAUCUUCCUCUACACAUUUACAAGCAUCACUUUGCACUUUUUUAUGGACCGUUUAAAAUAAGAGGCUGUAAGUCUAAUAUUUCUCCCCAUAUAUCACGGGUCGUUUUUAAAACUAUGAGAGAAAACCAGGCUAAUUCGAAGAAAUUAAACAGAAGCCUUGGCUGUUCUUUAGCAAUAACAGCUCUUUACAAUAGAAAGAAUACAUGUCCUAAUUACAAUAAGAGCAAAAAGACUUCUUAAUGCUAUGCUUCAUUAUUCAAAUACAGCUGUUAGCCCACAGUCAUAAGGCUCUGAAUGCAUGUAAUUAUUUGACAUUUUCAGCUGCAUAAAUGUUAAAGUACGGAGGCAAUGAUUGAUCACUGUAUCGCAGAAAUGCAGUAAAUGAUUUGCUGGGCAUUGGGGAUAAAUUUAUGUCCAGAGUUUCUCUACAUCAGGGCUCCACUCUACAACACUUAUCAGUCCAUUAAGGCUGUGAUCACUCAAAGGGCUAAAUGGGACAGAGUUAUUGUAAGAAGGGAGGGAAAUGGGACACAACCUCCUGCUGAAACUCCACAGGCACCACACGAGGAGCACCUACCCCAUUUGCCACUCAAGAUGUUUGACUCAAGGCGAAUCUUGCUGCAGAUGGCUUUUCUCUGCUCGGCUGUAGUUUGAUCCUGCUGUGGAAAUAUGCUGUUUCUUUAACGCUUGAACAAGACAGACAGACAUUUCAAGAGAAAUAAGGCACAUCUGUAAGAUGCAGUUUCUCGCAAACAACAUCCAACUGUAAGUGCAGCGGUGAAAGCUCAUUUUAUACCAAAGGAACUAUUUUUUUCCAAGGAGACGGCUGGCAGAUCGAUACUUUAUGUACUGUAAUUUAAAUGCAUUCUUCAGGAAACACUCUGGAUUCAGCCCACUGACUUCAUCUGUUUCUUGCCUCCCCACUUUAAUAAUUAAAUGUUGGGUAUAUGGUGCAUUAACAUCUGCUAUAUGGUGAAGUUUUAUCCCAGCCUCGGGACUUGUAGUUACCCUGAGGCAUCUUAGCUCAAACACAUGGCCAAACACCUUGGAAAGAAGAUUCUUAUUUUAUAAGAUUCAACAGUGUUUUUUUCAAGCAAUUUGACAAUUUACAGGUUUACUUUUUACUUUUUUUAGAGAUGUCAAAAAGAAAGGGCUUGGAUCUGAUCCUGUCUGUGUUCACAUCGGCUACGAUCUUUAGCUGUAUGUCACCCUCAUUCUCUACUCCCAAUAUACUCUUGUAUCAAACAAAUGCAAAAUUGACAGAAAAAAAAAACUCUCAAAAAUCAUAAAAAAAAAUACAACUAUUGCCAGUCCUUAUGUCUUUUGGCAACAACACAAGCCCCAAAGUAUUGGUCUUCCCUCUUAAAGUCUUUAUGGCUCUGACUUAAUCGCAGAAUAGUUCUAAGAUUGGAUAUAAACCAACACUGAAAACUCAUUUGCCAUUGUCUGAUGUCAAUAAUGUAUUUGGGCGUUAUAACCAAACAUAAUAACAGCCAAGACUUUUUUUUCAUACCACUGCUUAUAGGCCGACUGGCUCUACCUGUGUUGCUAAGUCUGUUUACAAAAAUCGGAUCUAAACUGACGACAGAUGACCACCAAUUGCUUUCAGGGUUGCUUUAUGUCCACUGUAUUUUGCCUCUUUUGCACUCAGCUACAAGCAGCUGUGGACAUGCCCAACAUGCCCAUGUUUGAGUGAUUGAUUGAUGAUGAUCAAGCACAAUGCAAAUCAACAUUAGGGAAAAAACUUUUUUCACCCUACCUGCUGUCAAAGUAACAAAGUAAAACUAGUAGUAGCAAAGGUGAUUCUGUGAAAUGUAGUGGAGUGAAAGGAUACUUUAAUUUUUUGAAAUGUAGCCAAGUAAAGGUAAAAGUAGCGGGCACAAAAAAAACUCCAGUAAAGUACAAAAUUAUACUAUAUUAUACUAUAAGUACUGUACUUAAGUAUUGCUGCUUACAUACUAUACAACACUGGCCAACUGACAGACAAAUAGCACCAAAUUUAUAAACUCUGUUAAUCGUUCUGCAAAUCAGUUUGUCUUUACCAAUUAAUAAAGAUUCGAGAUUGUCUCAGUAAAGUCAAGCACUUACAGUCAUUGUCGUUAAUUUUGAAUAUAUCUUUUAUUCUGAUAACCCAAUAGAAAACAACUGGAACAAUACUGAUCAAGUUCGCCAUAGCACCAAUUUAAACCUUGAAUUCUACCAGGGAGGCAGAGGAGUGUUUGCUGGCAGGUAGGUAGGUUGGUGAGUUAAUGAGGGAGGUAGAGUGGAGACUGGGGAAUGAGUGAAUGAAUAGGAAAGUAAGAUAUGAUAACCAUGAAUAAUUUUCUUCGUGAUUGAUCAGGAUGUUCCAGGUGCUCUUCAGAAAGCUUCUGCCUGUUCUGGAUUUAUGAAAUCAAUUCUGGCUAACACACAGUCGUGUUCCUCCAGGAAACCGCGAAGAAGUCUAAUGAGCUGUUUUAAAAGCAGAUGAAUGGUGGUCAGCCUCCUGUUGUUGAUGCUGUUGUUGGCCUACCUGGUUGUCAUUCACCUUAGCAGCUAGUCAAUCGCAGUCAACUUCAAGGAAAAGCAGCUCCUUUGAUGUGCGGGCUUGAAUGAUGCUGAUUAUAAAGACUAGAGGAUAUUAGAGCAUACGUGCGUGCACACCCACUCCCAAACACAGCGUACAAUAAGCAUUGCACGCUCAUUCACAGCAGAGGUGUAUAACCUUGGCUUACUUAUUUGAAGAGCAUCUUGAUCAGAGUAUCUGUCAGACAGUUCCUCUGACAUCACACGCUCUGUUUCCUUCAAAACAUCAGAGCCGUCUUCAUUAGAUUGGAGGUGUUUCAGCCUUGAGUGGGGCAAUAACAGGCGCAGUCAGCUGCUGCUCUCCUCAUAUUACUGCUGUGGCAUCAAGACUGGAGCCAAGAGUCACGCUUAAAACGCAACACUUUAACAUCCUUCUUUUUUAAAAACACUUCAACCUUCGACUUCGCUGCUUUUUCACGUGUUUCUGGAAAGGACUCAAAGAAAGAAGAGGAGUCAAAUGUAUCCAGUAAGUGGACUAAUCAGACUCAGACACUGUGGUAAAAAAGGAAGUGUACAAGGCACUACACAAAUUCAACUCUAUCCAGAAUCGCUGCAGUGAUUUGAUCACAAUCUCAAAAGUAUAUUUUUUAAAUUAAGCAAAAAAAAAAACAAAACGGAGUAAUUACAACUAUUUUGUUUAAUCAGACAGACUUAAGUUUAAGAGAUAUUUCAAAAUCAUGGAGCUCAUGGACACAAAACACAUGCAAGGACAACACAAAAUCCAUUUCACAGCAGCCAUUUAAAAAAUAUGUUGCUUUUUUAAUCACAAAAUAUCACUAAUUACUUAAUUCCUUUACUAAUGGUGUUCCUGUGUUUUUUGUUUGUUUGUUUUGUAAUUUUAUAGAAAAAUAGUGCAAUUUUAUUUAACCUUCAUCGCAGGAGACUGUCUCAGGGUUUUGUCGAAUUUUAUCCGCUGCUCGGUUGUUCAUCUCUCACAUGGAGCAUCCAAUCUCCUUUGUUUCCACCCUUCCUGUCUAUCAUCUCCUGCUUUGUUAUUCGAUUGAAAUAAAGGAAAAAAGGGAAACAGCAGAUGAGUGCUUGAAAUAUCCUACUGAGACUAAAAGCCUCAUUUCCGAUGGUGUCCUAGAAACAUAAAUCUCAUUAUAAUUUCCGACAUCAAGACAAUCUACUUUGGAAUAACACAAAAUUAUGAGUAAAGCUAAAAAAAGAUUUUAAAAUAAACAUAUCGAGAAAGCCAAACAACUUCAAACCAUACAUAUGCAUGGGGCGCCUUCAUCGAGAUGAAGCAAAAGCUCUGGGAUAUCAGGGGAAGAAACAAAUAAAUGCAUGUUGAAAUCUUUUGAAAGUUUUGAACAAUAAUUACCAGUGAUGUUUUUCUGUUGCAAGUUGGACCCCAAGAAAAGGACAAUGUUUUUUAUGCAAACAUCGAAUCAAGGCUUUCAAAAGUGAGCCAAAAGAGACAUGCAUACACGACUUAAACCAUUUCAUGUAUGUCUUACGAUCACGUUUUAAAGUGUGGUAUGUUUUCUUCUGUAUACCUUUGUUUAUAAUUGAGCUCAAUAAGUAAUGACACUGCAGUCCCUCCCAAAAGCAGUCCUUUAUUCUCCAACCCAAUCCUUAUUAUCAACUUGUCUGGGCUUUAAAUUCAUUUCCUGCACUGAUGAAUGUGGAGUCAUUUGGGGUGGGAGGAACGGAAGCAAUUUAGAUCCCUCAUCCAAUGGUAAUUCCUGCGGGGACCUAAGAUUACAAAGUGAUAAUGCUGAUAGCAGUCUUUUCAGCUGUUGACAUAAACAGAAAAUGGAGGCUUUUGUAAUGUAUGAUAAUACAGCUAUUUGCUGCUGUUUGCUGCGAGGAAUACAGUUUUAAAGAUACUUUGGGGACUCUGCUCUGUGAUAUUCCCUGCAUUCACUCCUCUCUGUGUUGUGAGUUAGACUCAGGGAAAUUUUAAAUGCAUAUACACCGCACAUCUAUGACACCCGCUGCACACACAGCUGAAUUAGUGGAGGAAAUAUUUAAUGUUAGUCCAACACAGCUCCUUUGAUGCACAGCACACCGCCUAUCUGGUUGCAUGCCUUUUCCAUAAAUCAUCAACUGUUGCACAAACACAGCAAAACAGAGAGCAGGCAUUUCACUUUGUAAUGUCAAGGCUACAGUAACAAAUAAAUCUAUGACAGUGUUUAAUCCAGCUAUUAUUGCAAUUUGAGACUGCAUUGUCUAUCAAUAACACAAGAAUGCAAGUAUUUACAGUGAGACACACAUCAAGUACAAUGUCUGUUUUUUCAGUGUAUAUUGCAGACACCGUGUUGGUGUUACUGAGGAAACCCUGGCUAAUAUAUUACUUUGCUCUUACUGAGUUCAUCUCUUUCUUAAAUAAAUCAUUUCGAAGUACAAACAUAAUCAGCGAUUACAGCUGAUCCAACAAAGCCUUCAGAUGGGAUUUUUUUUCUUCGGUGUUUUCGAUGGACAAAUCUGGAGUAAAUCUGCCCAAUGAUACUUUGGUGUGUCUCCAACUAGAGAGUUGGCACCUCAGCACAGUCAGUCCAAUAAGCAAAUAUUGGCCACACAAAAAUGGUGGAUAGGAACUUGUGAGGACUGGCAGACUGUAUAUUUAAUUGUGAGGCAGGGUGGUGGAUAAAUAGAUAAAUGGUUCUCUAUUGUCACACAGUCUUUGGGAUUCUAACAAUCUCCUGGUGUUUCCUCCCCAAAGGCUUUGUUCCAGAGCUGAUGGCACCCCUACAGAGAAUACCUCGACCACAAUGUCUUUUAUGUUUAAAACCACGUUUUUCACUCCUGUACUCAUGACUCUUAAACACCUUUUAUGAUGUUUCUGAAUAACAGUCUCGAUCAAUACAGUUGCUGUUGUUUGUUGAAUGAACAGAUGUCAGCCACACAUAAUUAAAGGUAGACUUUUUAAGGCAUCCUGCUCAUUAUAUCUGAUUAUUCAUUUCAUUCAUUUCUCAUGGAAACUACUUGACGCUGUCUCUUAGAUUUACUUCCUACAUUGUUUUGAUAUGUUUGCAUUGUGUCGCUCUUUUUUCAGUGCAGCGGUAGAUUGAUGGAAUAAAUCCAGAGGUGACCAUCUGUCAUGUAGUUGACUUGUUUUAUCAAAUAUUGAAACGUUCAUGCAAGAGCUGAACAUUUUUUUCACAGCUUUAUUGUUAUCACAGUGUGAGCAUUCACACUUGACACAUUGCAAAAGUCUGAAUUCAUCGCAUUGAAUAAUAAACAAGAUAUAUCACAUACUUUUUUUAACCCAACAUGCAUAUGCUUUAAAAGUUGGAUGGAUGAUGGCCAUGUUGCAAUACAAUCUUGAUGCAGUCAGAGAAAGAUUAUUUGUGACCCUUGGAUUAAUUGAUAUUAAAAAAAUAAGUGAUUUAUUUUAGGUCAAGGAGAAACCUAUAGCAAAUGCAAAUAUUGUGUAAAACACAAAGAACUGCAAAUAAUUACAAAAGCUGUGACUGAAAGCUAGUAUUCCAUCUUUUAACUUUAAUCAUCUCACUUGAUAUUGUUAUUAGCAUACUAAAAAAUGCUACCGUACCUUCAUGUAUCAUUCAUACUAACUGUAAAUACUUUGAACUUUCCUGGUUGCUUAAAGAGAGGCAUUCAAGUUUAAUGUGCAUGUAAGUGAAUACAGUAUACAGUGCAGUUAAAGACCCCAGAAUCAGGGUAAUGGUCGUGUUUGAUGUCCCCUUCUUUUUAAACCUUAUGAACUGUUACACUCUUUAUUUUGCAGAUAUUAUUGCCUUCAAUGAAUAUAAAACAUACCAUCACUGACUAUUUGCAGGUUUAUUUACAGUCAAUUCAGGAGUUAUCAGACCAUCAAAUAACAAAAAGGUGCCAACAGCACAGAUGAGGUAGAAGAAUCCUAAUCUGACCAAAAUGAUGGAUUUGUCACCUAUCAAACAUGACCUCACUUUUUUCUUUAAACAUCUCCCUUAAGUACCAUAUUCUCACAAAACCACAAUCUCACAUUUUAAACCUAACCACUUUUUUAUAGUUUCAUGGUUUUAACCUCAUAAAUGAGUGGAUUUUCAAGGCUGGGUUUCAAAAAUUAAUCACUCAUUUUACUAUUCAAGAGUAAGAAUUACCACAGUAUUCAACUGGCAAAUACAAAGAUCUAAUUAUUGUGUCUGUUGCUGAAAUAUGUUCACUGCAAAAAGGAUUAGAGUGCAGAAAAAAAACUUGGCUGCUUUACAUUAAUACAAAGACUUUCAGCAGACUUGUGAGAAAACGACAAAUAAAACCUCUGAGAUCUAAUCUGUUUGCAGCUGCUUUGCUUCAGGCCAACGUCUUGCUUACUGCACCAAACUUCUGUCCUUAAAAGCAUUGUGUGUGUUCAGUGUGUAAAAUGAGCCUCGGGGGUUGCACAGUUUAACAAUCUUCUUGUUUUUAUUUUUAAUUUAUUUUUAUUUAAAUAGUUUACAAUAAGCCAGAAAAUUUACUGACCGCUGCGGCACAUCAUGAUAUCAGUAAUAGUGAUGAGAAAAUUAGGGCAAAAAGCCAAAAGCCAAGAGUCGGUAUGACACAGAGUCAAUAUCCCAACUGCAUAAAAUGGUCCACUCUGCUGCACAGUUCUCCAAUAACGUAAUGAGACCGAUGAACAAUUAAACGUCUGAAACCUUUCAAGGCUGGAGAUAAUUUCAAGUGACUUAAUGGUUUAUUUAUUUAUUCAAUCAUAAUAAUGGGAUAUCCAUGGGAGUAAUGGAGCUCCAUCGGUCCCUGCCACCCCCUAGGGCAACAGAUGUUUCACAGACCAUAUGGUGUCUUCAUUUCUUUCACGGUUUCUUUCUCCCCCAUCCCUCUCUUUUUCUCUCUCCCUCUCUAAUCUCAACUUUUGUUGUUUUCUCUGCUUUUGCAUAGAUAAGUCCAAUGAGACCCAUAAGGUGUUGAGGGAUUUCAGAAGCCACAGAAAGCUUUGUGGGUUUGGUGGCUUUUGUGUGAGGUUCAGUGAUUUAGGAAGACCUCAGCGUUGAGCCACUGGCUCUUUACCAAAUUGAGUGAAGCCAAUUUAGAUGGUUUUGGCAUCUUACACGAAACCCUAGGCACAGUCCUGGAGGCACUCUAAGCAUGAUCAACAGGAAUAAGACCAGUGCAGAGACCCAGAAGACACUGGAGGCUUUAAAUCUCCCAUUUAGCCAAAGAAGAUACACAUGAAGAAGAAAGCGUGUGGGCUUCAGUAAUCUCACCGUGACCCUGACCUGGAUUACGGAGUGAAAACACUAUUGAUGGAUGCAACCAAAAAUAGUGUGGCAUAGACAUCCUUCAUGAGAAACUACACGUGUUGCAUGUUCUGAAUUGCUUGUUGUAUAUUAUCUGACCCUGGUCCUGAUUGGGUUCUCGGACCAAAGAGGUCUGAGAAUUCACUUUGAUGUUGCUCACAACAAUAGCACCACUACUCAGGAGGUGAGUGUUUUGCUGAUUGUGUUCUGCACUGCCUGUCUGAUUCCUCCUGUCGUUCAGUGAUUUUAGUCCCUGGUGUCUGCAGUGUUGUAAAGUGCCCGUUGUUUUCGAGCUCUAUAUAAGCUGAGCUCAGAGAGAGGAACAGUCCAGAUAUAUUUUGCCUCUGACUUAUAUCGUAGGAACUAGUAAAGGCUGUUGAAGGAGAUUUUCUUCACAAUUAUUCCCACAGAUCAACCCCGAUGUCAAGUAUACUUCAAUUAUAAGUGAAAUCUUGCACACUGUUACUGGCUAUUUUCACAGUUUUGUCCUGAUAUAGAAUUUGUGAAACUGCCUCUGUCAACCAAAAAUAGAAAAUAGCAGAUGGUGCAAUGCCUGCUUGAUAUUGUUUAGCGUUUUCAUUGUUAUUGAUCACGGUCACUCUCGCCCACAUAAGUAAAGUAAAUUCAAACAUUUCAAUUAAUAAGACAUAUAUCAAUAGUAGCCACAGCACAGCAAAGUGGAACAUUGUCUACUUUACUAAACUUUAAUAAACAUGAGUAAACCUGCUAGUUGACACCAAAUAAAAGCACAUCAGUCACAGAAGAAUAGCAGGAAAUUGACCACAGAAAGGCAAAGCAACCUGCUGUGAGUAUGUCAUUUUCUUUAUACUGAUUCCAGCUGCUAUACGCUGCUGCUAUGCUCAAAACACGCCUUCAGUGGCAUGACGCUUCUGCUUCAGUUGUUCAACGGAGCUGGAACGUGACACUCAUGGAAAACAACCAACACACAUCCUGUUUUAGGCUUUUCUCUAUUGGGCCUGAUCAAACUCAGCCCAAAAGAGACAAUAUGCACCUAUCACCUGCAGGGAUAGGCACGUGGGUCAGGUGCACAGGAAGCCAGGCAGCAGUUGAAGGCUGUGACCCGGCUGUCAUACUGUUGAUGGAGUGAUACCCUCCAGAUAUACCUCCAAGGACCACACUAGCCAUAGAACAAAACUUUUGAAGAGGGAUUGGGCUGUCUCUUAUUUCCACAUUUCCCAGGAAGUGCUUAGUGGAAAAAAAGUUGUCACAUUUAAGAAGGGGGCCUUUGGCUUGGCUGGCCCAGGGAACUCUGGUUUCCAGCUUCAGUGGGAAUGUAAAAACAAGCAUGUAGCAGAAGUCUAAGGAGGCCGUGGAGAAGGACUUCAGGUUGGUUUCAAGGAAGUUUUGGCAAACCGUCAGGAGACUCAGGAGGGGAAAGUGGAGCUUGGCUCAGAUUUUUCUCAGUAGGGUUGAAGAAUAUUUGACCUAGACCAUGGAUAUAGUCAGGCCGUGUAAAGAAAACUUUGAGGAACUCCUGAAUACAAAUGACAAAUCCUCUGAGGAGGAGGCAGAGUCUAAAGACAAGGCGGAGGAAUCAUCUAUAUCCUUGGCAGCUGUGAAAGAGCUGUAGUAAUCCUCAGUGUCAGUGGGAAGGUACCAGGUGUGAAUGAAAUUCAUCCUGAAAUGUCAAAGGCUCGGGACAUAGUUGGGUUGUCUUGACUGACAUGCCUUAUUAGAGUUGUGCAAGGAUCUUGAACAGUUCUUGUAGACUGGGAGUCAUGGUAAAGAGGGAGCUGAACCAGAGGGAAAAGCUUUUUGUUUACUAGUCUAUCUGUGUUUCAACACUCACCUAAGAGCAUGAGCUUAAGAAACAACCAAAGGAAUUGUACACGACAUUGCAGGAGCUUGGAAUACAUUUACUACACCAACACAUGAAAAAGAGUUACUAAAGGUAGUUUGAUAAGGACACCAGCCACAUUCAACAGGGAGUAGGCUCCAGGGUAGACCUCCAGCUUGCUGAAAAGCUUAUCCAACUGGCCUGGCAACACCUAGGGAAGAGCUGGGAAGCAUUGCUAGGAAAUAUGACAAGGUAAAAAAAAAAAAAUGGGGGGGGUCUCCAAAAGACUUGGUCUCUCAGAAGUCAAGAUUUACCAUUUAGUUAAACACUGCAUGAUCAGAUAGUUUAAUAUUAGAAUAAUGUUCUUUUGUAGUACAUCGCAUUGAAUUGUGUAUUUUAUCUACAGCAUUAUACAUUCAGUUAUUCAAAACAUUUGAUAAAAUCUCUACAAAUGGGAAACAAGGCUGGAAAUCCUACUGGGUGGCUGUGAUCUUCGGGGCCUUCAAGCAUCACUACUUUAAAAACAGACAUGACUAUGGAGAGAAAAUCCCUGCAUAGGCUCAAAACCUACUGCUGUCUACCAAAAUUAUACAGUAAGCCUACUGCUAAAAAAAAAUAAAUAAAAAAAACCGUCAAUCUCUCAAAACUAGCAGGAGGAAAAAUCAUAAGUCCUGAUACUUUUCUAUGGCACACACAUAAAAAGAUGUCACAGAUGAUAAAUGUGUGAUGCAGCGCUGAUUAUAAAAAAACAAAGUUUGUGGUUCAUAUAUUCCCAGCUGUCACUGAGGCACUUGUCAGUGCUAUAACUCUCUCUGUCCUCAUUGUCUUGUGACAGUUUCUCUUCUCAAUUCCAGUAACACUCACAGGGUUCUUGCCACUCUUACACACCUGCACAUUUCUGACCUGAACUCCUGUCAUUCAUCUCGUAGCUUAACAAUGCCCUUUUUGGUUGGUGUCACCACUAAAUAUCCACUCCUGUGAAAUGCCUCUGGACACAUUCUCAACUCUCUUCCUUUUCAGACUGAAGAUGUCCUUGUUCUGUCAUCCAAUAAUAUCGCCUGCAUUGUUAUGCUGAUGACACUCAGCCUAACCUUAAAGUUUCCUUAGACACUACACACAGGCAUUCAUUUGUAGAUGCCACAUUGACACCUUCGAAUGGAUGCCUGCCUACCACCUCAAGCUCAGCUGUUACGGGGGUGAACUCCUUUUUUUCAAGGCUUUUUCCAACUCUUGAAAGAUCCUUCCUAUCAUCGCCAGUGACACUGCAGUAACCCCUUCUGCCUGUCAACAAUUUCACCGGAACUCCUGACAACCAGCCGUCACUCUUCAUGCAUUUGCCAUUAGGACUACGACUCAAAACUGAACAAUUUCAUUCCGCAUCUGCAAAUUCAGAGCCUAACUGUGGAGAUAGUGUGCAGGUAUUUUAUGAACAAUCUUAACACACUUGCCAACCGUUUUUCAAUGCACAGUUAGUUGAAAAGAUACAAACAAAAAAAAAUGUUGCUGAUUAUAUUAGCAUUAAGGUUGAGGUUGACUCUUCCUUGUAAGCUAUCAAGUGACUGAUUUUGUAACAUAUCUCACAGUUUUUUCAGAUGUUUUCUUUCAUUAUCUUGUUCGCUAAAGACCAGACUGUGCAGCCUUAUCAAAUGUAGUAUGUUGCUAUGAAAAAAUAUACCAAAUUUGUAUUUAUACUGUAUUUACUCAUCAAGAUAUACGUAGUGAUGCGUACGUAGUGAUGCCACCAUUCAGUUAAGAAAUGGCAAGGAAUAACACUGUUUACCUAAAAUAAGAUCUUGUUCAUUUGCGCCAAUGAAAGGCUGUCACUCCACCCUUAAGACAAGUAAUUGGAACAUUUGAUCUGUGGUCCCUUUGUAAGAUUGGGUAGAUUGAUGGAGAUUGCAAACGCAUGGCUAUACCAUCAUAAUGUCCUGAUAUUGAUAUAAUGUUACAACAUUUGCAUCUUUAAAAGACAUCUUUCUGACAUUGAAAUGUCUCCAGUGGAAAUCGUGUGGCUCUUAGCAACAACUUAGUAAGAAUAAAUGUCCCCAGGCUAAUGCAUUGUGGGAUUUAUGCUUUUGGAAAUACAACUUGAAUUAAGCAGGUAAACACACAUCUUUCCUGCGUCCAGAUACAUGCAAAUUGAUCAAGUAAAUAAUUUUAUUUGGUGAGAAAACAUUAGUCAGAGGUCCUAUUCAUAGCUACAUCAUAAGAAUUAAAAGAUAGCUAUUUCAAAAGGUUUAUGUCUUUUACUUUGUGUUGUCAAAUUAUGAUAGCCAAUGAUUGCUAAUGGGUCCUGAGAUUGUUCGGCCGAGAUUCCAGUGCAUGUAUCUAACAUUGUGUUUGUCAACUUACUUUGUUUCACUUUUUCAUGUUCUUGGCAAGGUUUCUCUUGAAAAAGUGGUAAUGAUGCUAAUCAGGCUUUGACAAGGUUAAACCUAACUGUUCUCCAUGUAGAAAUGACCUAUAGGACUGCCAGGAUGUAAAGUAUUUAAAACAGAAGGUGAACCUGCAAAGUUCAUUGUGUGCAUCUGUGCAUGGAGGCAUGCUGUCAGUCGAUGUCUUUAAAAACUUCAACAUGAUGGACAGAGAAUCAUGUCAUCAACAUCAUUCUGUGGUGUAUGCAGCAUACUUCAACAAAGUCUACACCAGCCCUGUUAAGUUUCCUGUGACUCCCUAUGUGUUCUUUAGGAUCAUGUUCCAUUUAGUUUCUGCUAGCAGCAUGGCUUUAACCUUAUUUCUCUUCUCUCAUCGCCUCAGGGCAAAAGGUAAAUGGAGGAUUCUAUCAGACCAAACCCCAACGCUGCAAAAGGCUUUCAACUCCACCAAUUGAACUCACACGCAGCAGAGCUGUCAAGCUAAGCUGCUGA